GUGGGAGGAAAAUGGAGGUUAGGAGUGAAAUAUGAUCGUCCUAGGGGACAAGACUCCAGAGGUUUGACGAUUAAGGGUCAAGACUGGCUUAGACUUGGGGUUUGACGAUUAAGCGUCAAGACUGGCUUAUUCUUGGGGGACAAAACCAAAAGCGGUCGAGGAGAGGCUACACUCGAGCCAGCACGACAAACGCCUCCAGAGAUGGAGUGGAAACUGGAGCGCACCGCCCGGAGGAGGGUCCGCACUGAAGAAGAGAUUCUGUGGGAGGAUGUCAUGCGGGUGCUCGACAAAGACAUGAAACAGAAGAGAGGUCAAGUUUCUCCCAAGGUAGUUAAUGUAGUUAAUACUACAUACUCUAACUUCACCAGCAACUUGGCAAAGAGGCGGUCAGCUGAAGUUCCUGUUGCCAGUAGCCCGAUGACCACAAGAUGGCGGCAGAGCCAAGCCAGGGAUGUGACAGCCCGUUCCUUUGGGGAGGAGCAGUCAACCACUGACCUCCCAGGCACGGUGCUGAAGAUGACUCCUGGCAAAGAGACCGUGGCUCCAGGAUCCUACAAGGAACCACUGAAGACCCCCAACAAAGGAAGUUCUGAAACCAAUAACUCUGCUCUCCAGUUUGGGAAGGCUCCUUAUGCACUGCAGAGAGGCUGGAAGGAUAAAGUUGCUUCAAAAGGCCCGAAAUGCUUAAAUCAGCUAUUUUCAACCCAGAACGUGGCUCAGCAGGUUAAUGGGAGCAUGCAGCUCUGUGAGAGAUCCCAAUGCACUUGGAAAGGCUGCAGCGAUGGAGUCAGAGAUGAAUACUUCCAAAGAUUCGGUGAUAUAAACUAUUCCAUACUCCAACCAGAGGCGAAGAUUCAUCUUACAGGUCUUCGAAAUGACUAUUAUCUGAAUAUCCUGGACUGGAAUUUUCAAAAUCUUGUUGCCAUAGCCCUUGGAUCUUCCGUAUACAUCUGGAAUGGGGAUAAUCACAACAGAAUUGAAAAUAUAUACUUAAGUCUCACUUGUAACUAUAUAUCUUCUGUGUCCUGGAUAAAAGAGGGAACCUGCCUGGCAGUUGGCACCAGUGAGGGAGAAGUACAGUUAUGGGAUGUGGUCACUAAAAAGCGACUGAGAAAUAUGCUUGGCCAUUUAUCAGUAGUUGGGGCUCUAAGCUGGAAUCAUUAUAUCCUCAGCAGUGGGUCGAGACUGGGCCGUGUUUAUCAUCACGACGUUCGGGUAGCCCAACACCAUGUUGGAACUCUUCAACACAAACAAGCUGUGUGUGGGCUGAAGUGGGCACCGGGUGGCAAGCUGCUUUCCAGUGGCUGUAGUGAUGGACUGCUAACUAUAUGGCCCCAUGAUCCAGGUGCAAACACACAGGGCCACCCACUAAAAGUCAUACAUCAACCUACAGCAGUCAAGGCCAUUGAUUGGUGUCCCUGGCAGACUGAAGUCCUCGCUGUUGGAGGAGGAAUGAAGGAUGGACGCUUACACAUCCUGGAUAAUACUGGACAGAGCAUCCAGACCCCAAGCACAAACUCACAGAUUUGUUCCCUAACCUGGCUACCUAAGACAAAGGAGAUUGCAACUGGCCAAGGUUCUCCCAAGAAUGAUGUGACUAUGUGGACCUGUCCUGGUCUGGCCAGGUCACGUGGAUUUUUUGACCACCGAGGCCGAGUGCUACACCUGGCUUUGAGUCCAGACCAGACCCGAGUCUUUUCUGCUGCAGAGGAUGGCACAGCCUGCAUAUGGAAUUGCUGCUAGUCACUCAGCCCCUCCCAGCUUCAGCUUCCUCAUUUUGACAUGAGAAUAAUGAUACUGGCCUUGCCUUCUCCAUGGCAUUAUCAUGAGGCUCAAACAAGAUUGUGCUUUUCCUGAGGUGAAUGCCUGUUCCCUGACCUUUUCUCAGGUUACUUUACUGGCUCUGUUUCGUCCCACCACAACUUCCAGACAUUGUCUCUCAUUCUGUGCUUCUCUUUCUGCUUUCCUCCUUCUCGCCUUUUCUUCUUCUCUCUCUGUCUCCUCCUUGUUAAAGAUGCAUUUUCACUGCUAUAGUCACAAGAAUAUCUACCGCAACUAUUUCUAAACUCGUCUUUCCCACUUCACUUUUCUCCCAAGCUCCAGCCUUAUACUUGGGUCUCUGAAUAUAUAUAUAUAUAAUAUAUAUUAUAUGUAUUAUAUAUAUGUAUUAUAUAUAUAUUUCUAUUUUGGCUAUGUGGUACGGCAUGCACGAGUCUUAGUUCCCUGACCAGGGAUCAAACCCAUGCCCCUGCAGUGGAAACUUAAAGUCAUAACCACUGGACCACCAGGGAAGUCCCUUGGUUAUUUCUUCAUUGAGAUCCUUUUCUGUCUUUAGCUCAAACUCAGUACAUUAAAAACACAACUUAUUCACUUGAAUAAACACAACUUACUCAUUUAAAUAUUGAUUAAAGUGCUCCUCUAUGUUAAGCAUAGGACUUCCCUGGUGGCUCAGUCGAUAGAGAGUCUGCCUGCAGUGUGGGAGACCUGGGUUCGAUACCUGAGAUGGGAAGAUCUCCUGGAGAAGGAAAUGGCAACUCACUCCAGCAUUCUUGCCUGGAGAAUUCCAUGGACAGAGGAGCCUGGUGGGCUAUAGUCCAUGGGGUCACAAAGAGUCGGACAUGACUGAGUGACUAACUGUAAUAUGGAUUAAGCAUAUGGAUUAUUUCCUCUCAGACAAAGACUUACUUAGGACUCCCUUUUCUGUCUUAAUGAUCUCAUCUUACCCUAGUCAUUCCAUCACUCAGGGAGCCUCCUGGUUAUUCAGUUUACCCCUUGUUCUCUAUCUUUUGUUUUACCCUAGUAAUGUCCUACACACAUGAUGACAAAUUUGUGGCAAUUGCCUUCUACCUGGAGAAAGCAAUGGCAACCCACUCCAGUACUCUUGCCUAGAGAAUCCCAUGGAUGGAGGAGCCUGGUAGGCUGCCGUCCAUGGGGUCGCUAGGAGUUGGACACGACUGAG